AUGGGGAAUAGACCAGUACUCGAUUAUGAGGAGUUGGAGCGCCUGAUACAAAAUAGCAUAGACCCUGCUUAUAGGUUAGCCAUCCGGCGGGUUUAUCGGAAGCCAUACCUGGACUAUGUUGACAAUAUUGACCUUGAGAGAAAUUGGAAGAUACCUGAGUUUACCAAGUUCUUGGGGGAGGACAAUAUGUCUAUCAUCGAGCACAUUGCCCGGUUCACCGUACAAUGUGGGAACUUAGGGGCAAAUGAUGCCGUGAAGCUUAGGCUUUUCCUCAACUCGUUGAUUGGGUCAGCCUUUACAUGGUAUUUUCACUUACCAGCCAAUUUGGUGCAGAAUUGGCAGGAAAUGGAUGAGUUGUUCCAUACACAGUUCUACAAGACCGAGCUCGAAACCACCAUUGGGGAUUUGGCUCAAAUGCGCCAGGAACCGGGAGAGACGGUGGACAAAUUCAUCAACCAUUUCAAACUUGCAAAGUAUAAAUGCCCGACCCUCUUGCAUGAGGGCGAAUACGCAAAAAUGGCCCUUGGCAGGCUAAACCUUGAACUCAAAAAAUGGUUUGCCGGCCAGAACUUCACGGACCUUGGCCAGUUAGUAAUCCAGGCGGCACCUUACGAGGCACUGCUAAAGGAGGAAGAACAAUGCAAAGCGUCCUCCAUUGGGACUUACUAUAAGGAGGCAGCCUCGGGCAGCUACCUGCUCCUAGGGGCCGGGGAGCCCAAAGCAGUUAGCUUCGUUGACUGUGAAGUUGAGGCGGCGAAAAUAACUGAGAGAAAACCCUAUGUCUGCAAGGCCUUGGCAAAGCAAGCCAGAAACGAUCGUCAGACAGAGCAGGCCAAACCGGCCCCCCAACGGACUUUUGACCCAGGGGUAAAGUACUCUUUCAACAUUUCAAAGGCCGAGCUUAUCUUUGAUCAGCUCUUACAGGAUAAGCAAAUCAAACUGCCACCGGGACACCAGAUCCCCGCUAGUGCGGACUUGAAAGACCAAAGAUAUUAUAAGUGGCAUAAUACUCGCACGCAUAUGACAAUUAAUUGUGUUGUUUUGUGUAAUGCUUUGCAGAAGGCUAUUACAAAUGGGCAAAUCAAGUUCCCCGAGAAAGAAAAAGGGGUGAUGCUAGUUGAUGAAAAAUCCUUUUCCUGUCAAUAUGUUGAGCGCUGA